CCAGCAUCCAAUAUAUGCACUUUCUAUGAUACGUAGGGAACUGUAAUGUUAAUGAGACAUGGAAUUCUAGACGUCCGUUAUAGUGUGACAUGUCUUUUGAGCAUAUGGGUUCUCAAUAAUUCAGACUCCCUAUGUUUUGGAGGCAGCGAUCGGGGAUGUCGGAACUCACCUGCGAGGACAGCAUUGCUUCCAAUCGCGAUGCAGGGAGCAUCAAGAAGUGAGCCAUAUCGCGUCUCUGCCGUCUUAUUGGAGGAGCGCGAUGGGAAUCGUGGAGGAUCCACAUGUGGGACCAUCCCUGUUCCUGUGGGAAACGCGGGAGAUGUGUGGUCUACAAAGUGUGGGCUCUUAAAGUGAUCCCGCCAUCAGGUUCAUUGCCUUCCCAACUCAUCUCCGCUCCCUGUUUAAGUACCGGCCAUGGCGAUGUCAUCCCCGUUUUCUUCCCGCCCCUCUGCCAUCCCAUCCUCCCUUCGCAUACUAAAGUCCAACCCGGCCCUCGGCUGCUGCGCCGCAGCCCGACCCCCGAGCUCCGGCGCGUCUCUCGGAGCUAAGGCCGACCUCCUCGCCCUCAUCGCCGACCAAGAAAGAGGCCUCCGAACCCAGUCCGACCCGCGGAAGCGGGCGGAGAUCAUCGCCGCCGUCGAGGCUCUCGGCGCCCUGGGGAGGGGUCAGGUUACCACCGGCUCAUCCCUCUCCGGCACGUGGCGGAUGCUCUGGACCACCGAGAAGGAGCAGCUCUUCAUCAUCAAGAACGCCCCUCUCUUCGGAACCCGCACCGGCGACGUUCUCCAGGUCAUCGAUGUGGAGAAAAGGUCACUGAACAAUGUGAUCACUUUCCCUCCUUCAGGGGUUUUCUUCGUGCGGUCCUCCAUCGAAGCUGCGCCGCCCCAAAGAGUCAACUUUAGAUUCACCAGUGCCGUUUUGAGAGGUAGCAAUUGGGAGAUCCCACUGCCCCCUUUUGGACAAGGAUGGUUUGAGUCCAUAUAUCUGGAUGAUGAUAUUCGAGUUGCAAAAGACAUACGAGGAGACUACUUGAUCGUUGAUCGUGCUUCUUAUUCUUGGAAGGAAUGAAUAAUCAAGGAUAGUUGUACUGCCUCUUUCAUUUGUGAUCUCUAGAUGUCAUUUAUGCAACCAAAUCACUUACUUGGAAGAUAAGUAUUACACGGUUUCUGAGAAGUAAAGCAUCAUAAUAUGUUCAUUUGUUCAUAUCUGUAGACUGUAAAGGAAUUAAAGGAUUCUUUUCCCCUCGGAGCUAACUAAUGUUCAGAUUAUAAGGUCAUAUUACUAGUUCUUUGAUCUAGUAAAUUUCAUGCUUCAUCCGACUUA